AUGAAACAAUUGUGUGAUCAAGAAGACCCCAACGAGAAGGAGGAGGAAGAGGCCGUUCUACUUGUACCUCGAAAAUCAAAGAAUCAAAAAUCAAUACCAGUUGGGCCUUACCAGAACAAAAUUCAAAAACCGUCACAUGCCAUGUUAAAUCGACAUCGGAAUUCCAAAUACAUGCUCAAUACAACUCCUAAUUUUUUACAACUAGCCAAAGAGUAUCCAUUCUUUGCACAAUAUGUGAAUGAACAAGGAUCUUUGGAUUGGAAAAAUGCAGAAGCAGUCAUGAAUUUAACUAAGGUUCUAUUAAAACAUGAUUUCGAUAUUGAAUGGAGCUUACCAUUGGAUCAUUUGUGUCCUCCUGUGACCAAUCGAGCCAAUUACAUUCAUUGGUUAAAUGAUUUAUUGGAACUUGAAAAAUCCAAUGAAACGACAAUGUCAACUAUUACCACUUCAACUGAAUUGGAUCGACCCAUUGUUGGAAUUGAUGUUGGAACUGGAGCGAGCUGUAUUUAUCCUCUAUUGGGUCACAAAAUGUAUCAAUGGAAAUUCAUUGCCACAGACAUUUCAGAAGAAAGUUUAAAAAUUGCACACGAAAAUAUUAUGAAAAACAACGAGUCCUUUCAACAAUCCGUCUAUUUGGUACAUGUCGAUGAAUCUAGUCAAGACAUUUUGAAAAACAUUCUCUCAAAUAUUGAAUCCAUGCCUCAUGAAAAACCUUCUUGGUUACGGCAAUUAACACGAGUAGAUUUUACCAUGUGUAAUCCUCCCUUUUUUGAUGAAGAUGAACCUGUGAAUAGAAAUCCUAAAAAUGAUUGUCGAGGAAAUUCCAAUGAAAUGGUUACUGUGGGAGGUGAGGAAACAUUUGUAAAACGAAUGAUUGAGGACAGUGUCUUUUUAAUGACUCACAAACACUCCAUGUCCAUUUUUGAAAAUUGUUGGUUCAGUUCCAUGUUGGGAAAGAAGAAGACCUUGCAACCAUUGAAAGAAUACAUUGCACAACUGAAUGCCAAUGAGAUGAAACUCUUAAAUUCCCAGAGAUUGAUCAUUUUUCACACCACCGAGUUUGUUCAAGGAAAGACUUCACGAUGGGGAAUUUGUUGGCAGUUCCAAAAGAUUUCCUCCUCUUCUGAAUCAUCAAGCACACAGAUUCAAACCAUGAACACAACAUCUUCCAAAGCCAUGGUUAGCUCCAUUGCAGUUCAGCGAGACAUGUAUCAAACAGUGACCAAAGGUUUUGCCACUGCAGGCUCUUUAUUGAACUCGAUUGGAAAUGUUCUCUCGAAACACAAAGAUUUUAUUACUAUCAAGAGUAGAGAUACUCUCAUGGCAAAAAUUAAGGGAUAUUUGGAUCAGGAUACGAGAGAGGCAUUUGAGAUUAGUAUCAUUCAGACUCAACCAAAACGAUUUUCUGUGAAAACAAGCUAUCAAGGCCAUGGGUCUGGAUCUGCAACAACGUCGGAAUCUGUGUCCGUGUCCUUUCAAAGAAUGUAUGAUGUAUUAAGCAAACAAGUGUUUUGCCAUUGCGUGUAA